AUGGCCACUUCUGAGGGGGACCGCCUGGAAUUCGUUUUCUUGCAAGAGAUACCGCAACCAAAACAGGGGGAAAUCCCCGCUGCACAAACAACGGCGAGCAAGAAGGGGCCGCGGCCUUCGGGCAAGCACAUCCCCCUCUUGGGGGAGGAGUGCUGCCAAGCCCAGACCCUGCAGGACCAUUUUCUCGUCCAGGCUUGGACACACGCAGAUUGGAGGAGCACGGGCAUUCUUCUUCGGCGACGAAACCUUCAAGGUUCUCACACGGUGUUGGCAUGUGGGGGAACUCUGGGACUCACUUGGGCCAAAGUGCGCACGACGUCGUUGGGCGUGGUGGGGUUCAUGUCGUGCCACCUACCUCACUGGACCACAUUGCAGCAAGCUGGAGAACUACUACGCAACUGGUAUGACUCGACCAAGCCUCUGCACGGUCUUUCUCGACUCGUAUGUGGAGGUGACCUCAACGAAACAUUGACACUGGGGGAUGGAGGGGGGGCCUUUGGGGGAGCCACCGCAAGAGGAGAAGUGGUGGCUGCUUUCUUCCAAGAGCUUGGACUGGUUUCGGCGGAGUCUAGCUGGGCUACGCCAACCUACCACCCCUACAACGACCAGAUGAGACCACGUCGAUUGGACUACAUCUUUGCCAAAGGCCUGUGCAUGCUCGAGGCGGGCGUGCUGGAGGAGUCCAGGCAUGAGAUGUCCUCCGACCACGAUGCAGUAGAGCUUCAAGUGGUGCAGCUGCCGCAAACUCGUGACCCCCGACCCUGUAAGCUGAGGAAAGGGGUGCCAGUGAUGCCUGACAAAGCAGCAGCGCAGCUCCGUGCAACGGCCCCGCCUUCCACGGGGGAAGGACUGCUGGUGGAGUCGGUCGCCAACCUUUCGCAGAGACUCAUCGUGCCCAAAGAGUCUACGCGUUUCAGGGAAAGCGCGCACCUGGGAAGGCUGCGGCAAGCGGCCAAACGAGCAGAAGGGGCGGCCUCGCGGGCGCUGUGGAAGGAGGUUCACUCUGUGCGGAAGAGUGAAAAACGUAAGUGGCUCAAGAGCCUCACGUUUUGGGCCACCAGAGGCAGCUGGGGGGCCUGGAAGAAGCUUUUCGGAUCGGGGCCCCGUAAGCUGUGGGAACCCCGCCUGGCCCAGCGCUACGACAACUGGACCGACAACAUGACGGAGUACCUGGAGGGGAUCUUCUUCAGGGACAGUCUGGCCGAGAACGACGCUGCUCGAGAUGAAGCGAGGCUCACCCUCGCGGUGAUCCCGAGCCCUUUUUGCUGCUUCACCAUGGAGGAAGUGCAAAGGGUCAUGGCCAAAUGGAAAUCCGGCAGGGCGGCAGGCCCAGAUGGCAUCACCUAUGAAGCGCUGCGAAUCAUCAUGAAGGACGAGGCAAAAAAGGCGGAGCCGACAUGGUGGGGGGACCUACGACCCAUCACUUUGUCCUCGGCCCUGCUGAAGCUUCUCAGCCAACUCACGCUGACUCGGGUGACACCGCUGCUGGGGACCACGCAUGAUCUACAGUGGGCGUCGCCCUCGAAGCAGCCCCUGGAACUGGCAAUCAGCCUGGGGCGCAUGCUCAGGGUGUGCGAAGAAUGGAAACAGGAGACCUUCUUGGUUAAGAUCGAUAUAAGGAAGGCCUUUGACAGCAUCCGCAUUCCGAGACUCCUGGCUUUCAUAGCACGAAAGCUUGCUACGCGCCCCAAGGAGGCGCGUUUGUUGAUCGAGAUGGUGUGCCACCUGGGGGUCCACGUGGAGUUUUUAGACCAACAGUUGCUGGUCAGACAAAGCAAUGGAGCAGGGUGGGAGAUGCCCUUCAACCUGGCCACUUUCGCGGACGACAUGUACCUCUGGCACUUCUGCCUGAGUCGACUGCAAGCCCUGCUCGCAGCGGUGGAGCGCAAGGCGGCGGACAACGGACUGGACUUCCAGGGGGACAAGACCCAGGUGCUGACCAGCGUGGAAGGCGACAAGCGCACCCUCGUCAUCGGGGGCAAGACGGUCUCCCUCCUGAAGCCGGGGACACUGAUUCGUGUUCUGGGCACUCAACAGGGCUUCCGAAGGGGGCCCUCGGACAUUGCUGCGGAGGUCAACGCCAAGAUGCGCCAAGUCUUUUGGGCCCACAAAGCUGUGUUCGCACAAAAGAUGCCGCUCACCUGCAAGUGGGAAAGUUUCAAUGCUGUUGUGAGGGGGGCCGCUUUAUGGCAAGCGGCGGCGUUGCCGCCGGGUCGCAACCUCUUGGCGGCCUUGAACACACAGCAACUCCGCCUAGUGCGGGUGAUGGCAGGCCUGAGGAGGAAGCAAGGGGAGCCCUGUGUGGAGUACGAGAUGCGCAGCCUUCGAGUUUCACGCGCUCGGCUUCACCUCCACCAACAGGAACGCUUUUCCACCUUCGUUCUACGGCAGGUUUGGAGGCUGUACGGCCACGUGGCCAGACAGAACAGCCGGGCCAAACAACUCCUCAGGUGGAGGGGGCCGUGCUGGUGGAAGGCGGAGCAACAGAAGAGAGGGGGCCGCCGACACCCGGGCCGCUUUAAUGCGGGCAGGGAGGUCCAGAAUGACAUCAACGCCUUUCUGGAGGUCGACGACUGGAUGGAGGCUGCCCAAGACCGUAAAGCGUGGAAGCUCAGGGAGAGAGCUUGGGUGAAGUCCCAAGAUCUCCCGUGGGCCUCCCACGCACAGGCGGCCCUUGAGGCUGAGCUGGGGGAGCGCGCUGACGAGCAGCUGUCCCGAAAACUGGCUCGGCAGCUCCAACUCCAGAACUUGGCCCCCAACAAGAAGAAGAGGAAGAAAGCAAAGCCGCGGACAGGAGGUGCGAUGACAGAGCCACAAGAGGGACUUCGCCGUCACCGACUCCGCAGCCGUCUUGGUCCCUGCCUGCGCCCUGCACCAACUUCGCCCCGCCGCUUCCUUCUGUGCUACCGGGGCAUGGGGCCGCUCCUGCUGCUGUUCCGGCCGCUGCUGGGCAUCCUGGUCGUGAAGGGGGCCCCCUGGAGCAUUUGGAACUGGGACGAUGCGGCGGACUACGGAGGGCGAUCUGAAGGAGGCCGAGACAGCCGAGCCACAUGGACCCUCAACCUCCGCUACAACCAGAACCGCUUCCCCAACACGGGGGGGCCUCUGUGGGGGGCACCGCCGUGCAGCCAGAAACCGAUGACGGAGAUGACUGGGAGGCUUGGGGUGGUUGGUGGGAACGACUACGUGGACCUAGCCAUGGACGAGACGACCACCAGGGGGGGGACCAUGGGCGCGAUCCACUCCUACCUGUACAUGCUGAUCACCGACGACAAGGAGGACAGGGUGACGGGCGUGAUCGACGACUACCGGAACGAGAGGUGCCACCGGACCAAGAAAUGCCAACAGAAGGGGGACAGCCGCAACCACACGAACAUGGACAUGGAGCAGCGCAGGAACAAGCCGAAGGGCAGUUUCGACCUCUACCUGCGCAACCUGGGGAGCGACGUGGAGCUGAAGAAGAAGACGGGCACGACCCACCCCUACCCGAACAAGGAGCCCCCCAGGUCGACCAGAUGGAGGUGGUGGAACUACCCGCGAGAUCGACCUGAAGCCUCAUGGUUUGAAGUGCAACUUCGAGACUGGCGGGCUGCAAGGCAGGAGCGAGCUGAAGAGCAGCAAGGGUGGUGGCCCGAAAAUGGGGGGGAUGGAACAGACGACGACGCCGACCAGUCCUACGACCCGGCACUCCAUGCCUGGAACCCCGGAGACCGCGCACCAGACGCCGACAUGGAAGAGCCGGCCCAGGCCCAAAGCUAUGAUGCGGCAGCCCAUGCAUGGAACCCUGGGCCUACGCAGGCGCAAGAAGCGCCCGGCAACCACCAGUGGGGCGACAACGUGGAUGAGGACACAGUGAGCCAAGAAGCCAAAGCGCGAGCGUGGGAACAGUACCGACAAGAACGGGGGGGGCAAGCUACAAGUGGAGAGCCUGCUCCACAGAUGCCUCCUUGGUUUGGAGAGGAGGGAAAAAAGGGGGCGAGCGAGCCGGUGGACAUUGGACCGCCGGGCUAUCCGCCUACUGAUCGACGGCGAGUCCGCUACCUGAACAAGGGGGCCAUGGAGGAGAUUCGCAACCGGCCCUACUUGGAAAAGUGGCAAAAUGAGCGACGCCGCUAUGAGCAGAGGGACGAGCCUAAGAAAAGCAGGGCCACGCGCAUGGGGGCCAGCCAACAGGGAGGCACGACGGGGGACAGGGACCAGUGCGGCAAGAACGCAAAGCUCGCCAGUGGGCUGACUGGCAACAAUGGGAACGGGCUUGGCACACGGAAUGGAGUGAACUGGUCCACCGUAGUGGCAGCACUCCGACGCCGGGGACGGGUGAGGAAUGGAGUGCCAUGCUCAACCGCCAUCGGCACCGGCCAAGACCUUUGCGUGAUGGAGAAGAACAGCGAGACCCGGAACAACGUGACCCCCACGAGCCGGACCGUCCUGAACAACCGCAAGCGGACCAGCCUGGGGCCCAACAACGCAGUGAACGUGGACACACCGCCGGACCUGGUGGAGGAGGCGGAGGAUAUCAUUGACGCCCUGCUGGACAGCCUGGAACACCAGCCUACACAACAAGAACGGCCACACCAAGAAGACAGACACGCGGCCAGCGAACACAAGGAUGACAAGGAGGACCAAGCUCUGCUUCAAUGUGGGCUUGUGGGCCGCCGCCCACCAGACACGGGGAACACCAUGAACGACUACGCUGACAACCUGCUCGACGAUGACGACCCGCCCGACUAUGUGCACAAGGACGACGACCACCAGAGCAAGAGCUAUGGAGACGAGACCGCAGACGAGGAAGAUGAAGUGGCAUGGGUGCAAGGGAAAAAGAGGAAGAGAGGAGAUGGGGACCCAGAAAACCACACCGACUACACCGACCUCGCCGAGAACGCGCAAGGGAGUGGGGGACUUCCUGAAGGCGAAGAACGCAAUCAUGGAGGACCACAGACCGGAGAAGGCGAGGGUGAGGCAGCGGAGACCCACGCCAGUAACGCGGACUGCGACCUGGAAGAGCAACAAAGGGUUGAAAGGGAGCUGGAAGAGGAGCGUGCACUGCAAGAAGAGUGGGAACAAGACCGAGCCCUACAUGAAGAAUGGGUGCAGAAAACCAUCGACGAGUACCUCGCGGAAGAAGAUGAUCGGGGGGCCAAUCAACCGCCGGAGGGGAUCACCCAGAUGCAGACACACCAGCAGCAUCACCACGUGGCUGCGGUUACAAUGGCUCUCAACCGAUGGAUGGUAGGGGCCACAGCGACCGGCGGCAUGGAGAUCGAAGUGGACAGUGUGGUGGAAGUGCUCACGCACGUGCUCAACCUGAACCAGCUGCUCCUCGAGGAAAAGGGCGAGCCGAUGUUGCACCUCACCGUCCUCUACCAGAUCAUGUCCAGAUGGCGACAAGAGCGCGCUUGGCGCAACAAGGUCGAGAUAGAAACGAUGGGGAGGAUUUGGCAGGGAUACCUGGAGGCCCUCCAUUCCAAGGGGGCCCGGUGGGAAGGGGCCAAGCUGAUGGAGCACCACACGGAGGACGCGAAGGGCCCGAGCCAAGCCGCGACAAGUGGGGGAGCGAACCUGGAGGGCGAGCAGACCCUAGUCGACCUGACGGAGGGGGCGGACACGCAGCAAGCUGGGAGCGUGGACGAGCAGGAGAACUACAGCGAGCGGGAGCACGGCACAACGGACGAGGAGAUCGAGGUGGCCAUGGACCCGGACCCGCACAACCUGCCGGAGACGCCACAAGGUCUUGGGGGGGUCUGGACGGAGCCGGCCGAAAGACCAACGUUGCCAGGGGGGCCGUGGCCGGUGAGGGCCCCAGGAUACUGGAAAAGACCGUGGCCCAACUGCCUCCUACGCCCAUGGCGUCCAUGGCAUCGACCACGUCAACCCGGGGAGCCUUUUCGAUACCAGCAGUUCCUCAAGGAGGCCAUCGAGUGGAGGCACCUGGAGGCCCUGCGGGCGAGUGAGACCGCCUCGGGGGUCCAACCAAGAGGUCGCGAUGAAGGAGCGACUUCGUCCGCAAGUUCGGCUGAUCAAGGAGGGCGCCAGCCAGGGGGACAGAUGCAGAGCACGCAAAUCGACACCCAGGACGAUGCACAGGAGGAGGAUGAGGGGGCCACUGAUGAGGAUCAACACAAGGGGGUGGACAAGUGA